UUCCGCUUCCCUUAUUUUAUUUUAUUUUAUUUUUACUUUGAUUUUUUAAUCAAUUUUUUUUUCCAUUACUCUUUUUCUCUCUAUCGGGAUCGUUACUCAAAGAUCGGAUCGAUAGUUGCAGCCGUUGGACCCUACUCCAUAGACAGUUGCAGCUUCUCUCUCUCUCUCUCUCUCUCUGUGUGCAAGGUUUCUAUCUGCCUUUUUGGUUGUAAACGGUGUCGUAUUUUUUGGUUUGCAGUUCAUGUUGACGGUUGGUGUUUGAAUCAUGCAGUUGGUAAGAGGGAAGAGAAAAUGUCAUCAUCGAACUCGCCAUGUGCGGCGUGCAAGUUUCUCAGGCGAAAAUGCACGCAAGAAUGCGUUUUUGCACCGUAUUUUCCACCGGAUCAGCCUCUAAAGUUUUCCAGUGUCCACAGGGUAUUUGGUGCCAGCAAUGUCGCCAAGCUUCUCAACGAGCUUAGCACUGCCCAACGAGAAGAUGCCGUCAAUUCCCUUGCUUAUGAAGCUGAGGAGCGUCUCCGCGAUCCUGUCUAUGGCUGCGUGGGUCUAAUAUCCAUCCUUCAACAAAGACUCAAGCAACUCCAGAAUGACCUCUACCAUGCCAAGAAAGAGUUGGCACAGUAUAUCGGGCCUAGUGCAAUGCUUCCCAUUCUGCAACCCCCGACGUUUAUGCCACAACAGCAUCUGGGUAAUCCCUCUGCUUCGAAUGUCAUGCCCCAUAAUAUGUUGCCGAUGAUGGGUAUUCCUACCGGGCCAGCGCAUGGCGGGCAACUUAUGAUAAGAGACCAUCCACAGCAGCCACACCAGCAUUCAACACAUCAUCAGCAGCAGCAAUUCUUUGAGGCUCAGCAAUUGGCUGCCGCUAUGGCCGUAAGAGACCAGCAGGAGAUGUUUAGGGCUUAUGAUCAGCAGCAGCAGCAGCACCAACAGCACCAAAAUCAAUCACAGCACCAGCAAGAGCUUGUGAGAUUUAAUAGCGGAUUUGACGCAGCAGGUUCGGUUACUGCUACUGGAUACAAUCAGCUAAGUUCCGCUUCUGCUAUGUCACCUUCUUUGGCUCUGGGCGCCUAUGACAACCCUUUCCAGAUUCAACCUCAAGCGGAGCACCAUCAUCAUCAGCUUCAGGCACAGCUUUUGAUUCAACCGCAACAACCUCAGCCAACCCAACAGCAACAGCAAAGCUCAUGACUGCUGGACAAAGUUAAUACAAGCACACAUAUACAUUGAGUGAUUGAUAAAGAAAGGUGGGUCGUUGGUCAGAGAAGAGGAAAGAUUCAUAUUUGAGAUCUAUGAAGCAAGCAUUGUUUUUUGUGUUUGAAGAAGACGACUUUUGUGGGGAGAUAGCAUUUUGAAAUGUAGGAUCUGCAUUGAUUUCCGAGUACAGCUCUUUUUUUUCUUUUUCAUUUGGUAGGAGAUGUUUCACUCUUCUUAAUUUAUUGCAAAAUAUGCAAUACAUAUGUAAUUAAAUCAGACGUUGAGAAGUUCUUCUUUUGCAUACUACCAAUCUCUUAUUGGUUUCAA